AUGGUCAAGACACGCGCUCUAUCAGCAAAACAACCUACACAUAAAGUUGGAGUCAAAAGAAAAAGAACUGAAAUAUUAUCUAUCAAAUCAUUAAAAAAAGUUUGUGACUUGAGGAAUGGUGAUGAAUAUUCUAAUGAAACACCACGAACGCUACGGAAUCAAUCAAAAUAUGGUAGAAAACUAACUAUUGAUUGUUCUUCAAUUAACCCUAACUCUCCAAGCAGUCGUGAAAAUAUAACACCUUCUCCAAUUCCAAAAGAUAGUACAAAAGAAUUGGAAUCAAGGAAUACUCAAACACGAAAAAAUUCUAACAAAUUACAAAAUAACAAAAAUACUACUAUUCCAGGCAACAAUACUAUUGGUACACCGUCUCUCUAUACACUUCCAUCAUCAACAAUAUUAUCAUUAAAAAAACCAGCCCAUCCUUUAAAUAUAACUGGUGUUAAAGAUGCUGCCGAAGUUUUUGAUGCACAUAUAGUAUCAGAAAUGCGAAGGCAAAACUUGUUUACUGGAAGUAUUGAUAAAACUAAUAAAAUUAAAUCAAUACCAAUGAGCGAUAAAUGGGAAUCUCGAUGGGAUACUGGAGUUCAAAUACCAUGUGGUAAUAAAGAAUAUUCUUAUAAUGCUAUUCCAGAAAUAAUAUUACCUAAUGAUGAAACAUCUGAAAUACCUGAGGAAUUUUCAAAAAGGAUUUGUGCAUAUGAAAAAAAAUAUAUAGAUAAUAAUUUUGUUAUGAGAGAUAACUUACAAUAUUUGGAGUAUAAUUUAGAUAGACAAGAUAUUAUGUGGUUUAAAGAUUUCAAUGAAUCCCAUUCAAUAGAAAAUUUAGUUAUUUCAAUGAUGUCAGAAUGUUUUAAUUUUAUGGAAAAAACAUUUUAUAUAGAAUCUAGAAAAAAAUUAAUUGAUCCUAUUAUCAGGCCAGCAUCAUCAAUGUGUAAUGGUGAAGAAAUUUGUGAGGUUUGUCGUGAUUAUGAUUCAGAUGAAGAUGACAAAAUAGUUUUUUGUGAUAAAUGUGAUAAAGGAUUUCAUCAACAUUGUUAUGGUAUACUUGAUGUUAAUGAUGUUUUUAUUUGUAAUCCAUGUAUGUUAUUGGAUGAACAAUAUCCAACAUGUAUGGUAUGUCCAGUUCAAGGAGGUGCUUUAAAAAUUCUUGAUAAUGGUUAUGAUUUUUGUCAUGUUAAUUGUGCGAAAUUUAUUAAAGAAUUAAAAUUUGGUGAUGAUGAAAUAUUAGAACCUAUAUUAGGUUAUAUGAAUAUUUGUGAUUCUCGUGGUAUGGAAAGGUGUUCAGUUUGUGAUAUUGAUUUUGGAUAUACAAUUAAGUGUGAUCAUCCAAAAUGUAAUAUUCAUUUUCAUGCUGAGUGUGGAAGGCGUGCUGGUUUUUAUCUAAAUUUUCUAGAACGUGAAGAUGACGAUGAUACUCCAUUUGUUUUAUGUGAACGUCAUACGAUGGAUCUCAGAAAUCUACUUCAAAAUAAUAAAAGUACAUCGUCACGUAAUAAAAAAAUCACAUCUGAAUUUGAAAAGUUAAUACAAAAAUUUAUACAAUUAUCCGGUGAAACAAGAGUAUCAACUUUUAAUUUAUCUUUUUUGGAGUAUAUUAAUAUCCCUAUGUUAUUGAAGAAAUUUCCUGAUUAUAAUAAAGAAUUUAUUGAAUCUCUAUAUGAAUAUUGGAAAUUAAAAAAAAUUAAUAAUGAUGGUAAUUGUUUACUAAAAAAUUCAAAUUUACAAAUUACUUAUAAUAUUAAAACAAAAGAUUGGAAAAAAACAGAAGUUUUAUAUGAUAUACAUCGAGAGGACAAUAAAAGUCGACUAGAAAAAGGUUAUUUAGGUUUUUUAAUGAAAUCAUACUUAGCUUAUAAUGAUUAUAAAUCAGUUGUAAAUGCUAAAGCUAACCUUUGUGCAUUAAUUGAAAGAAUUGAAAUAACAAAAAGAACCUUAGAUGAAGAAAAGUUUGGUAAUUUAGAAAAAUUAAAGUUACAUAAAUCAACAUCACUAGUAGAAUCAUCGACAUUAUCAGUAACAACUAUUAUGAAGAAAAACCAAGAUACAUUCAUUCGGGGUCAUCGUCAAUCACUACGUCUAGACGAAAAGUACAAAGGGGGUCAUCCUAAAUAUUCACCGAAAGCUAAUUUUGAUGAAAUUUAUGAGAGGUCGAAUAGCAGUAGCCGUCGUCGUCAACACUGA